ACCACAUAUGAAUCAACCAAAACCAACACAUUCUUCAAAGAACACCUCAUCUCAACAACUCCACAAAUUUUCACAUUCUUCAAUCAUCUGAACUUUAAUUAGUUAUUCAACAAAUUCUGUCAGCCCAAGAAUUUGAUGAUGGAAUCAGCAUGUUGUUUUUGCUUCUUCUCCAGCAAGAAGAGUGUUGUUGUUGGAAGGAAUGGCAGAAGCAGUUCAAAAGACGUUCAGUGGGAAAAGAAUGAUGAGAUGCUAUCUGACAGAAGCACGUUUUCUGUGAAGGAACAAGAAAAGAGAUUGAAGAAAGCUUUGGAAGAGGAAGAAAAGGUUAGCAAGGAAGCAGAGAGGGUUGUCCAAUGGGUCAAGCAGGAAUCAGCAAAAAUUCAUCUUUCUGCAGUCAAAACAGUUCUUAAUGAACCCCAAAAAGAAUCAAAUGUUGUGUAAAAGAUAAUUGUCACUUUCUUUGUUGAUUCCUUUUGAGAAAUUAUUGUACAUGUUUCAUA